AUGAAUUUACUUUAUUACCAACAGCAGCAACUAGAGCGGCUUUCAAGCAAUUUUGAUAAAGAUUCAAAGCUUGUUUCAGAAGUGGCCGUCUCAUCUUCGAUUGAUUCAAAUACUACUGAUGUUGUAAAAUCUUCAUCUACACAGAAUCAACUACUUCACUUUCCCGAUUAUUAUUUUCAAUCAUCUUCUGCUGCAUCUCGUGAAGAUGAGGAUUCCUCGCCAAUUGCUGAAUCGGUACUUUGCUCUUCAUUUUGUUCUGGGGCUGGUUAUGAUGCGAAUUCAUCCACAACUUUUUCGUCAAGAGCAAAUACACCACAUUCUGAAAUGCUUGAAAACUCAGGAGUAGAAAAUGAUGCUUCCCUUUCUCUGUUGCUUCCACCGCAGUCGUCUUGCUCCUCUGAUUGUUCAUCCCAGCAUUCUAUAUCGACUGGUGCCACUAAUCAAAAGAAUCUGCUACCAACCACAGUCAACUUAUCUUCAUCUAAUGAAGAGCAAAUUGGCAACGAGAAAUAA